GUACAGUAAUUGUGAAAAACAUUAAGCAAAACUUGCGAAUAAACAACAAGAAGUAAAUGCACCAGCAGCAGGAGGAUUACCGCUCCAAGGAUAUAGUGAAUAGGGAGUGAAUCGGUGCAGAAGAAGCCAGCGGCGAAGGAUUUCUGUGUACGCCGGGGACGUGCAAGGCGGGCCAGCUUCAGCGGAGAGCAGAACAAACCCACCGCCCCCGUUGCCUCUCCUCCCCCGUUGCGGGGAGAGCGAGAAACCGCUAAUUGGAUUGCAGUUUUUUUUUUGUUUUCUUUUUUUGUGUGUGUGUUAUUUUCGCGAAAAGUGGGAAAGUGUAGAGGAAAAAUAGGAAAAGAGCGGCCGCCGCGCGUGCAAGGAGGACGCAAUGGCCACCACGCAGCAGUACUCGCUGCGAUGGAACAACUACCUGCGCCACCUCACCUACUCGCUGGACAACCAUCGGCUAAACGACGACUUUGUCGAUGUGAGCCUGUGCGUCGACGGGCGACGGAUCAAGGCGCACAAGGUGGUGCUAUCCUCCUGCUCCUCGUAUUUCAAGGAGAUCUUCAAGGAGAACCCGCAUCCGCAUCCGGUUAUUAUAUUUAAGUUUAUCAAGUUUGAGGAUCUCAACUCUAUUAUUGAGUUUAUGUACCAGGGCGAAGUGAAUGUGCAGCAGGAGGCCCUGCAAUCGUUCCUGCAAACCGCCGAAUUACUGGCCGUCCAGGGACUCACCGCCGAAGAGAAGGAGCGGCCGCAGCUGCCGGUGGCGCCGCUCAUCAGCGAGCACAAGCUAAUCAAGACCAUACCGAGCACCAUUCGUGCAGUUAGCGAGCAGCAGCAGCAACAGCACCAGGUCAACACGGUAACGGCCCAGCAGGCGCAAUCGGCCACCCAGACCAUUGAGAUACCAACGGCCACGCUGUUGCAGGCCACCACCGCUAGCCAAGUGCAAUCGCAGGUGGCGGCAGCUGCUGCAGCAGCCGCACAAUUGCAGCAGGUCCAACAGCAGCAGCAGCAACAACAGCAUCAUCAUGUACAAACCACACAGAUUCAGCAUAUUCAAGUGCAAUCUGCACCGCCCCCUCAGCAGCAGCAGCAGCAGCAACAACAGCAACAGCAGCAGCAACAAUCCCAGCAGCAGCAACAGCAGCAACAAUCCCAACCGCAGCAGACGACGCCCGUGCAGACGCAGCAUUUGAGCAUCAGCAAUGCAGUGACUCUGCCCGCGUCUAGUACGAUGAAGAAGCGCAAAAUUACCUUCUCCGACGACGAUGACAACAUGUACACCACCGAAACCGUUGAUUAUGCCAAGGAUGAGCAGAAUAUAGUGAAAACCUCCGAUAUGGCUUUUUUACGCGGCGCCGUCAAAAUGGACAUACCGGACUACAUAGUUGGCGAGGUCGACGAUCGUCUGUCGGAUGGGGCCACGCCGCAAACGUCACAGGAUGCCACAACGGGCGCUGCCCAGACAGUGGCUCAGUAUUCCUCCGAGUACGAGAUCCUCACUGAGUCUGAGAUUGAGGAAAAGUACCAAGCGGAUGCGGAUAAUGCGGAAAUUACCAUCGAAAUGACUCGCUUGCUGGGCAAUGCCAGUGGUGCGGCAGCAGCAGCAGCAGCAGCGGCGGCGGCAGCAGCUAGUGGAGGCCUGGAGGAUGCGAGUGGCGGUGGUGGAACGGGUCCCUCGACUACGGUGUCUGUGACGCCGGUCAAAUCGGACAACAAGUCCAGUGGGACGAAUGAUUCACCCAAUAAUAAGUGGACAGAAUGUCAGUUUUGCAAAAUGGUUAUAACCACGGUAAAUCUUUGGAGACAUAUUCGCACCCAACAUACACCACAACCGCCCCGCAAAUGCGAUCUGUGCAAUAAGAAUUUCAAAAACAAAUACAGCCUGCGAGAGCACAUACGCAUCUCGCACGAGCAGAAAGUGACCAUCAAGACGGAGAACUGAUCCGCCGCCAUCAGCGUUGUCAGCGUUGGCCGCCUCUAAAAUCGGAGUCCGUCAGAGGGAUACACAUAGUUAAUUACGUCCAGCUUAGCAAAUGAGUCGAGUAGAGUCAGACAGUCAGUCAGUCAGUCAGUCAGUCAGCCAGUCCGUUAUCCAUUCCCAUUGAUCCUAAAAACUAGCCAAAAUUGUCAACUCAAAUGCAAAGCAGAAACAAUUCAAGAGCAUUAUACUCUUAGCGUUAUUAUAGCAUUAUAUAUUGCGUGUCUAAACUAUAUAGCCUAAGAUAAGUUAGCGUUUAAGUUCAAGUCCGAGUCAAAGUCAGAGUCAGUCGGAGAGUGGAGCUGGUAAUCCCGUCGUUGACCAAGGCCACAUUAUGAUUUAGGAACUUUUUACCAUGAAUAGCAAAGUACAAGAAACCCUUAUGUACAUAGACACACAGAUCAGUGAUCACAGGAAUAUUUAGAGUUUUAAGAUUAACCCAAAGCUAUAACACUGAAUACCUUGAUUUUAUGUACAUAUAUAUACUAUACUAUAUACCUUUACUAUAUAUUUAAUAGUGCCAGCCGACUUAAUGUAACCUUGUCCUUAUACUUGCAAACUAGUCUUUAAAUCUCUGGAGAUUUCUGUGAGCGCUUCAAGAGAUUGAUUCCCUUGCCCAGGGCUCAUGUACUUUGCUCUAAUUUAUUAACCUGAAACCUUAAAUGAACAUGAACAGAAUAUACCCUAUAUCCUCCUUUCCCCCAAGAAACAUCCUUAUGUACAAAUUUAUAUAUUAUAAAUGAACUGCAAUACGAUCCAGCGCUUUGUCCAUGACCAUUCUGUGUUCAGCAUUAAAGCGUUGGGCCCCCCACUGUUUGUACAUUAGCUAAAUUAGUUAUAGUUUAUAGUUCAUAGAGUAUAGUUUAUAGUUUAAUUUAAGCCCAAAACAAACAAACAAAAAUUGCGAGCAGAGACCACAAAGAAAAGCCAAGUGAAAAUGGAAGUCAUAAUGUUUACACGCUAGGAUUAGGUUUGAAAGUUCGAGAGUAUUUUGUCACACCUUGUAAACCCCGUAAACCCCUGUAGAAAUUUCUCUCUAUAAAAAAGACAACUCUACAUACUAAAGAUAAUCUAGUUAAAUGAAACAACUCAUACGUAUUACUUAUCGAUCCACAUAUUGAUCUAUGUAUACACAAACAUAUAGUUAAUGUUAUAUCUAUACUAUAUAUGCCCCUGUUUUUUGGGCUCCAACCGAAGUCUAAACUCAAACCCUUUGGAAAAUAUGUGUUUUUUCGCCUAGGAUCUCACUGAAAGAAAUAAGAAUACAAAAGAAACGAGGGAAUGUAUCAACGAAAUGUAGAAACUCUGGCCAGUAAUGCCUAGAAAUUACUAGAGGUUUUAUAAGAAAUGUUUUGGAAAUAGUUAAUUCUGUUUUUUAAGGGAUUUUAAGAUCCUCUAGCAAUUUCUUUGUCAUUUCUCGCUCGAAAGUAUUUAGUAGAAAAGGAGAUUCUAUAACCUCUCAAAAUAAAAGAAAAAAACAUUAACCUUUAAGUCCCAUAUGUGUAUCUUUGUAUAUUGAUUUAUACACAUCGAUGAAUGAGACAAAAUAACUCAAUUUAAAUUCGUUUUGCUAGAAACUUGAAAAUGAAAGAGAUAGAGAAAGAGAUAUAGUGCGAGGA